AUGCUAUCCUCUGUCGUGUUUUUGGGACUUAUUGCCCUCAUCGGCACUUCCAGGGGCUUAUACUCUUUCACUUACUCCAUGAACCCGCGCCUGCAUCCUCGCCUGUACCACGGCUGCUAUGGGGACAUCAUGACCAUGGAGACCUCUGGGGUCCCCUGUGAGAUAAACAACUUGAUUAGCUGUGGGAUCCAUGGUUCUGAAAUGUUUGCUGAGAUGGAUUUGAAGGCCAUAAAGCCUUAUCAGGUCCUGAUCAAAGAAGUGGGGCAGAGAUACUGCAUCGACCCUGCUAUCAUUGCAGCCAUCAUCUCCAGAGAAAGCCAUGGUGGAACUGUCUUACAAAAUGGCUGGGACCACAGGGGACUUAAAUUUGGCUUGAUGCAGCUCGAUAUACAAGUUCACCAUCCUAUUGGUUCCUGGGACAGCAAAGAACACCUUUUACAGGCUGUUGGGAUUCUUGCAGACAGAAUUAAGGCAGUCCAGAGAAAAUUCCCCACAUGGAGUGUGUCUCAACACCUCAGAGGUGGUCUUUCUGCCUUUAAGUCAGGAAUUGAAACCAUUGUCACACCCGUGGACAUAGAUGCUGACUUGGCUAAUGAUAUUAUUGCCCGAGCUAAAUUCUAUAAAAAACAUGGCUUCUAG